AAAAUGUCAUGUUGAUAUCUAAGUGUGCCAAGGGCAAUGCCUACACAAGAUUAUUGGUAUGACAUAAGUGUAUGUGUAUGUACACAAUGGAACGUUGUCUAAUAGUCUCAAUAUUGUUGUUGUGUUCCUUAUCUGGUAGUGUAACAGGUUUAAAAUGCUACACCUGUGAUGAUGUUGCCCAGCCGUCUCUAUGUAAUGUAUCACAAGUAUGUUCCCAGCCAGGUCAGGCAUGUAUACAAGCAGAAAAUGUGAAUGCCGAUUUCCAAUUUUCCUACAAGUUAGGCUGUGGUGGAAUUCAGUACUGUCAUGGUUCGAAGAAGAGAAAUUUAAGACACCUUUGCUGUUCUACCGAUCUGUGCAACAAAUAUAACAUUUCAAGUUCUACGAUACAGUCAACAACAACUGUAUCUCCUACAACAUUACGUACAACUCAGUCAACAACAACUGUAUCUCCUACAACAAAACGUACAACACAAACGACACUGACGUCACAACAAACAACAACACAUGCUACUGUUGCUCCGCCACACUUUGAAAAUGAUUGCAGAGGGAAUGUUGGGUAUUAUUUAUGGAAUCACAAAUGCUAUUAUUUGACUGCACAUGAAACAUCGUGGGAUAAAACGAGGCAUGAUCACCAUGGUGAUCCGUGUAAAGAACACCAUAUGCAUAUGGCUGUCUUAAGUUCCGACGCAGAACAUGUAGCCCUUGUUAAAUUUAUUCGUCACAUCUACAAAUACCAUGAUGCUGUUUGGCUUGGCGGGUCUUACAUACACAGUCAACAUGAAUGGCAAUGGAUUACUGACAGCCACGGGCACAUACAUACAGACGAUCAUCAUUGGCAUUCGCAUUCGGAACCCAAUGACCAUCAAUGUGUGGCUCUUAUCGACGACAAAUGGAGAAGUAGACCUUGUAGUGCUGAGUACAGACACCUAUGUGAAACAUGGAGUCAAUGAAUAAAGAUAUAAGAAAGUG